AUGGUCUCUAACCUUUUCUUCAUUGCAACAGAUGCUCUGAUCAUUGCCAUCUCUCUGGAUGGGGACACCAACACGGUUACGGACAUGGCCAGAUGUAGCCCGGCCAUUUCCUCAAUGGAGCCCUUGAAUCCGAGCUGUCUCCUCAAUGAAAAGUACGCUGACAUCAUUAAUUGUAUACGCAAUUUUAAUUGGCUACCACUUCCAACGCGCAGCUAUCUAGUCCAGCGCCCCAAAUCAUCGGCGAACGAAACCGUGACUACUAUACCACUGCACGGCAAGUAUAUGGUUCUCACAGACGACGACGAUGAUGAUGACGAUGAUGAUGAGGAUGAUGAUGAUGAUGAGGAUGAUGAUGAUGAUGACGACGAUGAGGAUGAUGAUGAUGAUUCGGAUGAUUCGGAUGAUGAUGAUGAUGAUGAUGAUGACGAUGAUAAUGAUGAUGAUGAUGAUGAGGAUGAUGAUGACGGCACAAGCGUAUCCUUGUUCACGCAAGCACACACCGAGGUCACAUUCACCUGCCCACAAGAACCGACCAAAGGCAGGUUUUCUUUCACGUUGGACUCCGACCAAUCGACAAAGAUGGGGGCCCAAGAGAGAGAUCGGGCACACACACAACAAUGUAGCAAAAUACUCGGUGAGAAAAUUGCUCAGAAAAGUGAUCCAUGUGCCAAUCAGCCAUGUGCGAACAACGGGACGUGUAUUUUGGUUGAUGAAGCCGGUGUUUGGAUCGAUUCCUCUCUGAAUGAACCGACAAACGCGUUUGAUUACAAGUGUCUUUGCGGCAACGGAUGGACUGGAAAGAAUUGCACGGUAGACGUGAAUGAUUGUAUCCAAGACCCAUGCAAGAACGGCGGUGUCUGUGAGGACCGGCCCGACAUGCGCUAUGCGUGUCAUUGUGCUCCUGGGUUUGUUGGCCAGGAAAUUCUCAUGACCUUGUGCCAAUCAAAUCUCGCCUGUCAAACCGAGCCUCAUCACAGUUCACUUUGGUUCUCACACACAAAAGCUGUUUUCAAAGUCAUUCGAUUUGGAAUACAGAAGCUGAGUAGUGCACUAAGCCGAUUAAUGACUUAUAUCGCCACGUCGUUCAACCCCUCUCUAUGA